GUGGAGCGGGCGGCGAACCCAUGUGGGUGCUGCGUGUGUUUCUAGAUCACUGGGACCGGGUCCUUUAAACUCACUCCCGGUUUAGUAGACAUGGGUCGUUCGGGGAAGUUGCCCUCCGGGGUCUCGGCCAAGUUGAAACGCUGGAAGAAAGGCCAUAGCAGCGACAGCAACCCGGCCAUCUGCAGCCACCGCCAGGCCGCCCGCAGCCGCUUCUUCAGCCGGCCCUCAGGGAAGAGCGACUUGACAGUUGAUGCGGUGAAGCUGCAUAAUGAGCUGCAGUCAGGGUCCCUGCGCCUGGGCAAAAGCGAUGCCCCUGAGACGCCCAUGGAGGAGGAGGAGGAGUUGGUGCCGGCUCUCACCGAGAAGUCGUCGGGCACCUUCCUGAGUGGCCUCUCCGACUGCACAAACGUCACCUUCAGCAAAGUGCAGCGCUUCUGGGAGUCCAACUCGGCUGCCCACAAGGAGAUCUGUGCUGUGUUGGCUGCUGUCACCGAGGUGAUUCGCUCCCAAGGCGGGAAGGAGACGGAGACUGAGUACUUCGCUGCCCUGAUGACAACAAUGGAAGCGGUGGAGUCCACGGAGUCUCUGGCCGCAGUCGCUUACCUGCUGAACCUUGUCCUGAAGCGCGUGCCCAGCCCUGUGCUCAUUAAGAAGUUCUCCGAUACCUCCAAAGCCUUCAUGGAUAUCAUGUCAGCCCAGGCCAGCAGUGGCUCCACCUCUGCCCUCCGAUGGGUCCUUUCCUGCCUGGCCACCCUUCUGCGGAAGCAGGGCCUGGAGGCCUGGAGCUACCCCGUGACCCUGCAGGUGUACCAUGGGCUGCUGAGCUUCACUGUGCACACCAAGCCCAAGAUCCGGAAGGCUGCCCAGCAUGGAGUGUGCUCCAUCAUCAAGGGCAGUGAGUUCAUGUUCGGUGAAGGAGCCCCUGCCCAUCAUCCUGCUGCCGUUUCCACUGCCAAAUUCUGCAUCCAGGAGAUCGAGCAGUCUGGAGGCUCCAAGGAGGCCACCACCACGCUGCACAUGCUGACGCUGCUGAAGGACCUGCUGCCCUGCUUCCCCGAAGGCCUGGUGAAGAGCUGCAGUGAGACCCUCCUCCGGGUUAUGACGUUGAGCCACGUGCUGGUGACAGCCUGUGCCAUGCAGGCCUUUCACAGCCUCUUCCAUGCCAGGCCCAGCCCGGGUACCCUGCCGGCAGAGCUCAAUGCCCAGAUCAUCACGGCCUUGUAUGACUACGUUCCCAGCGAGAAUGACUUACAGCCCCUGCUGGCCUGGCUGAAGGUCAUGGAGAAAGCCCACAUCAACCUGGUUAGGCUGCAUCGGGACCUGGGGCUGGGCCACCUCCCUCGCUUUUUUGGAACUGCGACAACCUGCCUCCUCUCCCCCCACUCACAGGUGGUGACAGCGGCCACCCAGUGCCUCCAGGAGAUCCUGAAGGAGUGUGUUGCUCCCCACAUGGCUGACAUUGGCUCCGUGACCUCCUCGGCCUCGGGCCCUGCCCAGUACGUCGCCAAGAUGUUCAGGGCCGUGGAGGAGGGCCUGACGUACAGAUUCCACGCGGCGUGGAGCUCCGUGCUGCAGCUGCUGUGUGUCUUCUUUGAGGCGUGUGGGAGGCAGGCCCACCCUGUGAUGAGGAAGUGCCUGCAGUCCCUGUGUGACCUGCGCCUCUCGCCCCACUUCCCCCACACGGCAGCUCUGGACCGCGCAGUGGGGGCGGCGGUGGCCAGCAUGGGCCCCGAGGUGGUGUUAGAGGCGGUGCCUUUGGAUAUCGAUGGCUCUGAAGAGACUCUGGACUUCCCUCGGAGCUGGCUGCUGCCCGUCAUCCGGGACCACGUCCGGGAGACGCGACUUGGUUUCUUUACCACUUACUUCCUGCCUCUGGCUACCACCCUGAAGAGGAAAGCAAUGGACCUGGCCCAGGCGGGCAGCACAGUGGAGUCCAAGAUCUACGACACGCUCCAGUGGCAGAUCUGGACCCUCCUGCCCGGGUUCUGCACGAGGCCCACAGACGUGGCCACCGCCUUCAGAGGGCUGGCGCGGACGCUGGGCACGGCCGUCAGCGAGCGCCCAGACCUGCGGGUCCCUGUGUGCCAGGCCCUGCGCACCCUCAUCACCAAGGGCUGUGAGGCGGAGGCCGACCGUGCUGAGGUGAGCCGCUUUGCGAAGAACUUUCUGCCGAUCCUGUUCAACCUGUACGGGCAGCCUGUUGCAGCCGGGGACACCCCAGCCCCCCGCCGGGCCGUGCUGGAAACCAUCAAAACUUACCUCACCAUUACUGAGCCUCAGUUGGUGAAUGGUUUCCUGGAGAAAGCCAGUGAGAAGGUGCUGGACCCUGUCAGCUCUGACUUUACCAGAUUGUCCGUCCUGGACCUGGUCGUGGCCUUGGCUCCCCAUGCUGAUGAGGCCGCCAUCGGCAAGCUGUACUCCACCAUCCGGCCCUACCUGGAGAGUAAGGCCCACGGGGUACAGAAGAAGGCCUACCGUGUGCUGGAGGAGGUGUGCGCCAGCCCGCAGGGCCCCGGGGCCCGCUUCGUGCAGAGCCACCUGGACGACCUGAAGAAGACCCUGCUGGACUCGCUGCAGAGCACCUCCUCACCCGCCAAGAGGCCCCGCUUGAAGUGCCUCGUGCACAUUGUGAGGCAGCUGUCAGCCGAGCACGAGGAGUUCCUCGGCGCCCUGGUCCCCGAGGUGAUCCUCUGUACCAAGGAGGUGUCAGUGGGGGCUCGGAAGAACGCUUUCGCGCUGCUGGUGGAGAUGGGCCACGCUUUCCUUAGGUUUGGCCCAGACCAGGAAGAGGCCCUGCAGCGCUACCUCGUGCUGAUCUACCCCGGCCUCGUGGGCACUGUGACCAUGGUCAGCAGCAGCAUCCUGGCCCUGACCCACCUGCUUUUCGAAUUUAAAGGUCUGAUGGGGACCAGCACGGUGGAGCAGCUGCUGGAGAACGUGUGCCUGCUCCUGGCGUCCCGCACCCGCGACGUGGUCAAAUCAGCACUGGGCUUCAUCAAGGUGGCAGUGGUUGUCAUGGACGUGGUACACAUGGCCAAGCACGUGCAGCUGGUGAUGGGAGCCAUCGGGAAUCUCUCAGACGACAUGCGGCGGCACUUCCGCAUGAAGCUUCGGAACCUGUUCACCAAGUUCAUCCGCAAGUUUGGGUUCGAUCUGGUGAAGAAGCUGCUGCCCGAGGAGUACCACAAAGUCCUGGUGAACAUCCGGAAAGCGGAGGCCCGGGCCAAGAAGCACCGGGCCCUGCACCAGGCUGCCAUGGAAGAGGAGGAGGAGGAGGAAGAGGAGGAGCCCCUCCAGGGCAAAGGCGACAGCAUCGAGGAGAUUUUGGCUGACUCGGAGGAUGAGGACGGCGAGGAGGAGGAGAGGGGGCGGGGCAAGGAGCAGCGGAGGCUGGCCCGCCAGAGGCGCCAGGCGUGGCUGAAGGAGGGGGGCGGCGACGAGCCCCUCAACUUCCUGGACCCCAAGGUGGCCCAGCGAGUCCUGGCCACGCAGCCUGGGCCGGGACGGGGCAAGAGAAGGGACCAUGGCUUCAAGGUGAGCGCCGACGGCCGGCUGAUCAUCCGAGAGGAGGGCGGUGAUGGCGCCAAGGCGGAGGAAGAAGAAGGCGCUAAAGGCGAGGAUGAAGAGAUGGCAGACCUGAUGGAAGACGUGGGCGUCAAGAGUAAAAAGCGACAGAAGCUUAAGCAGAAAGAGGCUGAUGACGAGGAGCUGGAGAUGCCCCCUCAGUACCAAGCGGGAGGCUCUGGCAUCCAUCGCCCAGUGGCCAAGAAGGCUACGCCCGGGGCUGAAUACAAGGCCAAGAAAGCAAAGGGUGACGUGACGAAGAAAGGUCGGCUCGACCCGUAUGCCUACAUCCCUCUCAAUAGAACCAAGCUCAACCGCAGGAAGAAGGUGAGGCUGCAGGGACAGUUCAAAGGCCUGGUGAGAGCUGCGCAGCGGGGCUCCCAGGUGGGACACAAGCUCCGCAGGAAGGACCGCCGGCCCUGAGCCCCAGGGGCCCCGGCUGCUCUGUGGUCCAGCCUGAGGCCCCUUUUCAGCCCCCAGCUUCCUUGACACCAGCUCCAGACGCUCCAGUCAGUGGAAGAGCCUGGACUCGGAAGGACUUGUGGGAACCAAGCUUGGUUCCCAGAGAUGCCCUGGAUUUUGGACCCUCCACAUGGGAGUCACCCUUUAGAGACGUCCCUGGGGCCUGGAGAUGGAACUGUGACCUCGGUGGCCCUGAGUGGCUAGGGAGGCGGCUGCGCUCCCGUCCAGAGCGUUCGCGUGCAACAAAGUAGACGGUCUUCCUUUCCUCUCGCUGCGUGUAGCCACGUGGGCACUCAGCCUGGCUGCAGUCUGGCUGUGUGAGAUUUGCUGUGACCAGACAUAGAAUAAAGAUGCGACACCA